GUCCAAAACUGUCAAUGAAUACUACAUGAGGCCGUACUACCAUGCUGUGUGCUACUUCGGUGGCUGCAUAGCACACCUUCUGAUAGACGACUUCAGGCAGCGCAAGAUCAGCAAGACGGUUCUGGCAGUAGGGUGGAGUGUGUCGAUAACCUGCGCUCUGCUAUGCGUAUUUGGGAAGCUUCCCUGGUACAGAAGUCCGAAUCCAACGUCGGAAGCAAUAAAGCUGCUCGCAGCAUUUCUCGAUCGGUUGCUGUGGGCGGUGUCCCUAAUUUGGAUUACGUUGGCCUGCUCUUCUGGACGAGGCGGGUUCGUCAGCAAGUUCCUGUCGUGGAAUGCAUUUGUACCGCUGAGCAAGCUCUCAUUUGGGGUGUACCUGAUCCACCUGCCUUUUAUUCAGCUUUACCUACAUGCCUCCAGGGAGCGCAUAUACUGGUCACUGUUUCAGUUGUUCACGUUAUUAUUUGCAUUUCUCGUGUGGACUUACCUGCUGGCAUACUUCGCUUUCCUGGCGUGCGAAGCUCCGACGGCCGCUCUGGACAAAUUCAUUUUCAGCAGACUUAUUGGAGGCGGGAGUGCGAGGAAGCCGGAACACCAAACGCAACAAAAUGGCGGUGUCGUGAAGCCACAGAUCAUAAUCGAAGACGGUGUAUUUUCACGCUGUUGAGUGAGCAGCUGAACAAUUGGUGCGGGUACCUUACAUUUCCUCGUGGCGUCAAUUGUGGACUCUCAGAACGCUCAGUGGAAGCAUCUGAUGACGAAGACAGUGCCUCCGUGGUGUUGAAAAUAUCUCCAGGGAUAUGAAAUGUAAGAGUGCUUGGUUCUUUCGUUAGCGUGACGGCUGUUUUACCAUACGUUAAGGCGCUUUAAGUGCCCCCGAGACUAGCACAAUUUUUUUACUGCAGCGUUUGUCGUAUGCUGAUCAUCCUACUCACAACUGCUACGAUUGGGUUUAGAGAAGUUUGUCCCAUCGUACUGAGAAAACUUUCUUUUUCUGUAGGUGACCCUUGCACUGUGAGGCACAAGAUAUAAUCGUAAUAUUAACAAAUGCAGGGAGCGAGAUUUUAAUUGAAUGAACAGGCCCCUAGGUCGUAGAAGUAGUAUUAGGAUUUCGUAAAUUUUGUUCCAAAGAAAGUCUUGCAAACUUACACAGAGUUCUUCGGUACGCAAAUUCUUCAGUGCGCAAACUUUUUUGUUGAGCAGAGUAGAAGAAAAUUUUUUGCUAGGUUUAUUAAGGUCUCACACAAGCUUUACUGAUAAUAUUGCACCGAAGAGCUGUGCAACUAAAGCCAGCAUUUUCAGCAUACUUAGAAGAUGCAGUUCACCAAAUUGCUAUGUUGUUAUCAAGGGUUUUAGGCCUCAAAACUGGGAUAAGGUUAUGAAAGACGGUGCAUCGGAGGGCCCUAGAAGUUUCCAUCAUCAGUUGUUA